UGGGGCGAGAUGCGGUUCAGUGUGUGUGUGUGACUGUCUGGGUUAACACACCAACCGUCCCUCGACACACUGUUAACUUUAUUUAGUAAACCCAGAAACCCUCCAUCAUGGACCUGGACCCGGCCGUCAUCAUCCCCGCCAUCAUUUUCACCGUCGUCGCCAUUUAUUUCGCUUCUUCGUACCUGAACAAGAAGGCCGAUUCCUCCGGCUCCGCAGCCGGGAAGAAGAAGCCUAAAGUCGGCUACGGAGACGACGUCCCCCCGUCCAGAGCUCUGGCUCCGCGGCUCCAGGCGGAGCAGAUCCCUGUUAAGGUUGCCCCAGAGCCGGUAAAAGCACCAAAACCUGUUCCUGAACCAGUAAAAGCACCAGAACCUGCACCAAAGCCGGUAAAAGCAGCACCAGAACCUGCACCAGAGCCGGUAAAAGCACCAGAACCUGCACCAAAGCCGGUAAAAGCAGCACCAGAACCUGCACCAGAGCCGGUUAAAGCACCAGAACCUGCCCCAGAACCGGUAAAAGCACCAGAACCUGCCCCAGAGCCGGUAAAAGCACCAGAGAUUGUACCAGAACCUGAACUUGUCCCAGAAACAGUUGCAACACAAGAACUAGCUGCAGUACCCGAACCUGUGUCCGAACCUGAACCUGUCCCAGAGCCAGCUGCAGUCCCAGAACCUGCAUCUGAACCCGAACCCGAGUCCAAACCUGUCCCAGAACCAGAGCCAGAGCCAGUCGCAGUGCCUGAUCCAGAGCCUGUGGCCGAGUCCGAACCUGAAACUGUCGAGGAGGUCUUACCUGAGCCGACCCCUGAACCUGCUGUAAAGCAUUCACCAGAACCGGAACCAGAGACCGUCCUAAACAACGAUGUGGCUGCAGCAGAAGAGAAAGUGACGUUCAGCCCGGGAAAGAAGCGGAGCAAGUUUGAGACGCUGAUGACGAAGGAGGAGAUGGAGGAGGAGCAGAGGGUGCAACAGGAGCAGCUGGCAGCCAUCUUCCAGCUGCUGCGGGAGAACCAGGAGGCGCUGGGGGGGGUGACGGAGGGAGACAUGGAGGAGCAGCUGAAGCUCUACUCCCUCUGACACGGACAACAUUUUAGUUUAAAAUGUAGACGUCAGGGCCAUGGGCUCAUGUAGCAACUCUAAGUGUUGCAUUGUGGUGUAUAUUUUAUUAUGAGAGGAAAAGACAAAUACAUAAAUUACACCAGUAUUUUAAUAUUUCAGUGUAAUGUACUCAUAAAAUGACUUUUUAGUCGUAGUAUUAAAACUUCUCAACAAUUACGACUUUAUUCUCAAAAUGUUCAAACCAAAGAUUCAAAAAUUCCGCUUUUACUAUUUUCUUGAAAUUACUUUUACUUUCUUUUUAAUAUUGUAAAAAAAAAACUUGAAAUGUUUCGACCUUAUUCUCGUUAAAACAUUAACGCUAAUGUGCCGCCGUAGGCUUUCUUGUUAAGAGAAUAAUUUAUAUAUAUAUAAUAUGUUCUCUGGUAGUUGCUGUUUAAUAGCUGCUUCUGUGUGUUUAUCAACUUUGAGUUUUAUUUUGAAAUGAAAAUUUUUUAUGACAAUAAAUAUGUAAAUAUAAAACAUCUG